GAAAAACAUAGUCCACCAAAUCUAGAAUUAACGCAGUGACUUGCACCAAGUGAUAAUGAUUUUCCCUAUCUUCUUCACAUUUUUGCUCCUCCUCUCCUCAUCCCAUGCUUCUGUGCAAGACUUCUGCGUAGCAGACUUGACAGCUCCAGAAGGCCCUGCAGGCUACUCCUGCAAGAAGCCUGCAAAAGUUACCGUAGAUGACUUUGUCUUCUCUGGUCUAGGCAUUGCUGGUAACACCACCAAUAUCAUCAAAGCUGCAGUCACACCUGCAUUUGCUGCUCAAUUCCCUGGUGUUAAUGGCCUCGGCAUUUCGCUGGCUCGUUUAGACUUGGCUGUUGAUGGAGUCAUCCCCUUUCACACGCACCCCGGAGCUUCAGAAGUCCUGAUUGUUGUGGAAGGCACAAUCUGUGCAGGCUUUGUUUCCUCGGAUAACACAGUUUAUCUACAAACUCUUGAGACGGGUGACAGUAUGGUCUUCCCUCAAGGUUUGUUGCACUUCCAAGUCAAUGGAGGUGAUACUCCAGCCCUUGCCUUUGUUAGCUUCAGUAGUGCUAGCCCCGGUCUGCAGAUUCUGGACUUUGCAUUGUUUAAAAACGACUUACCAACCUCAUUGAUAGCUCAAACUACAUUCCUCGACGUUGCUCAGAUAAAGAAACUCAAGGGUGUUCUUGGUGGUACUAAUUAAUUAAGGUGUCUUGUUGGGAAAUACCAAUGUGUUAUUCAUCGUGUUCCUUUGCCUUGUUGUUUUUGUGAUUGAGAAGAAGGCCUGUAAGUGUAUGAAUAUUGUUCACUGUUCAGGCCAUUAUAUUUUCUGAAUUUGUACUCCAG